CCGCAAGCUUUUCAUUUUUGAUCUCGAGUCAUCUACAUAUCAUCGCCGUCUUCGUUCAAGAUGGCCUCUGCAGACGACGUGGAAAGGAAGUACAACCUAAUCACUUCCAGAUUACAAGAGGUGCUCGGAGCUGAACAUAUCAAAUCAAUACUUGCGGAGGGGCGAACCCCAAAAUGUUACUGGGGCACCGCUCCCACUGGUCGUCCCCACAUCGGUUACUUUGUACCAUUGAUCAAGAUUGCAGAUUUCCUUAGAGCAGGCGUCGAAGUCAAAAUAUUGCUUGCAGAUGUACAUGCGUUCCUUGAUAACCUGAAGGCCCCAUUGGAUCUUGUAGCCCACCGAACGAAAUACUACGAAUGUAUCCUUCGCACCAGUCUUACCUUUGUCAAAGGAUCAGAAUAUCAGCUGAGCAAAGAUUACAAUCUAGACGUCUACAAGUUGUCGACGCUCGUCACGGAACACGAUGCAAAGAAGGCUGGCGCCGAAGUUGUGAAGCAGGUAGAAAGUCCUCUUCUGAGCGGUCUUUUAUAUCCCGGUUUGCAAGCUCUCGAUGAACAAUACCUUGACGUAGAUUUCCAGUUUGGGGGGGUCGACCAACGGAAAAUUUUUACUUUUGCAGAGCUCUACUUGCCGCGACUUGGCUACUCCAAACGUGCUCACCUUAUGAACCCUAUGGUACCAGGCCUCAUGGGUGGAAAGAUGUCUUCCUCAGAUCCGGAUUCCAAGAUCGACUUCCUCGACCCGCCCGAAGUGGUGAAACGCAAGAUCAGGAAAUCGUUUUGUGAGGAAGGAAAUGUCUCCGAAAAUGGUCUUCUCGCCUUCCUUGAAGCCGUGCUGAUACCUGUCAGUCAACUGCGCCUAGAGAGACUGCGAGGUGAAGGUGGAUUUGAUGUCCAGGAGGGUGUUGGAUUGCACAAGCCGUUCGUAGCAGACGAUGCCCCCGAAGGGACUGUGUUCACGAUCACGCGGGAGAAAGGUGGUGGUCCAAGUCAUUACAAGACCUAUGAAGAGUUGAAAGACGACUUUGCGGCAAAGAAAAUACAUCCUGGGGACCUGAAGGCUUCAGUCCGUGAUGCUAUCAUAAGUUUGUUGGGGCCGAUCCAGGCAACUUUUUUGGAGAAUGAGGAAUGCAAACAGGCCGAGCAGCUUGCGUACCCUGAUCCCAAUGCAAAACCUGAGACGAAAAAGAAAAAGAAGGAGAAAGUUUAUCAUCCCCCACCGCCAGGAAAGGGCAAGAAUGUCCAGCUUCCUUCACAAACAUCAGGAAAUUUAGAACCAUAGUGUAUCUGGACUCUUCAGAAGGAUCCAUCUGCCAGCCAGACCCCAAGGGAUAAUCACCACGAGUCCAAGCAGGACUACAAAAAGGUUUAACUGGUGAAGACAGCGAGUUUCGCAAUGUCUGACACAAUAUCAUGUAAUGAUGUGUUUUAGA